AUGAGUGAAAUCCUCGCCAUCACCUGCCCAGGCGGCAAGCAAUGCUCCCGAUUGAUCCCUCUCCUCUAUAAAAAGGGCAAAUUCACACUACGCUUGGCAGCACACUCACAGGCAUCAGCCAACAAACUCAAAGAGCGCUACCCGGAUGCUGAAGUCGUGACCAUAGACCUACAGUCUUUCGCCGACUGCCUCAGGUUACUGAAAGGCGCCACGGCCAUCAACACCGUUCUGCCCAGUCUACACUCCCAUGAAAAGGAGAUUGGUUUUAACUUAGUCGAUGCCGCCGUCGCGGAAUCUAAGCGGGACGGAAACGUGUUCAAGCAUUUCGUUCUCUCCAGUGUGCUCGGCACGCAACAUAGAAACCUGCUGCAACAUGACCUGAAGAGCUAUGUUGAGGAACGACUCUUCCUUAGUCCGAUUAACUGCUGGACGAUUCUCAAGCCGGGGAAUUUCUUGGACGCCUAUCCCGUCGCUGCACUGGCCGCGCAAGAGAAGCCCGUUCUCGAAAAAUGGUGGAAACCAGAGCACGAGAACAGCGUGAUUGCCCUGGCUGAUCUCGCCGAGGCAUCGGCCAAAGUCUUGAACGAGCGAGAGAGUCACUACCUGGCUGAGUAUCCGUUGGUUUCUACACUGCCCAUCUCGGAGACGGAUAUUAUUCGGAUCAUUGAGAAGCGCAUUGGCAAGAAGAUCGAGGUCAAGACGCCUUCCUUUGAGACAGGUGUUAAUAAGCUCCUUAAUUCGCUGUAUGGCGGUGAGGGCAAGGGUGCUGGUGACUUAGGGCUGGGCUUGGCGAGUGACGGUGACUUGCGUGGAGAUCUUGUUCGCGAUACACUAGAACACUUGAUUUUGUUUUAUAAUCGUCGUGGUUUGAAGGGCAGUCCGAAUGUUAUGCGGUGGCUGUUGGGGAGGGAGCCUAUUUCGGUUGAGCAGUGGGUUGAUUCGGUUGCUCCUAAAUGA